CAACUUUGACCGGUAAUGAUUAAUGCCACCGCUUCUCUUUUCCAAAUGUAACGCAAAUUUAAGGCAUGACGAUGGUUUACGGAGUUCUAUUUCUCCUUUUAUCUUUGCUUAUUACAUGUCUAUACCUCUUCAUUCACGUUAUCUUUAUUUUGCUCUACUCAUCGCAAUCUUCAUUCCCCUUGAAGCAUAUCGCUGGCCAUUUGCUUCUACCCGUUUUACUCUCUUCAUGAAUAUAUCAAAAAUAACCAUCACGACUACGGAAUAUGGGCGCUUUAACUAAUAUUUAGUUUUAAUUUAACUUUACUUUGCAUGACCCUUCUCUCUCUCUCUAGCUGGCUACAUUAUCAUGCAC